CACAUUCCCACUAAUUUUCUCAUCCUUCACUACUAAACACAUACUAUAAUAAUAAAUUAAUAACUUGUUUGAAUUGUAAUACUGAAAAAAUGGGUUCAAAAGUAGCAACACUCAUGCUUGGCCUCUUGGCCAUGGUUCUUCUUAUCUCCGCAGAGGUGGCUGAAGUUUCUUCUAAUAAAGUUGGUAACGAGGCAAAUGAAGUGGGCAAUGCCAAGUAUGAAGGAUACGGUGGUGGUGGCGGCUACGGAGGAGGGUAUUGCAUGUAUGGAUGCUGUCGCCGCGGAUACUACGGCGGGUGCAGGCGGUGCUGCUAUUAUGCCGGUGAAGCUCCUGAACCAGACGAAGUUAAACCUCAAAACUAAACCAAUGUUGUUGCUAUGUUACUAAAUGUUUUGCUUUUAACGUUGUUUCCUUAAUUUGCAUGAAUAAAUAAUCAAAGCUAGUGAUGAGAGGCUUUGAAAAAUAUGCAUGUAUCACUAUAUGUUUAUGUGAUAUUGUUACAUAGAAAAUAAAGUUGAAAUAUAAUAUAUAAAUGUGUUUUUCUUAAUUA